AUGGAUAACUUUAAUUUUAGUCUCUCUAGUACUAAGCAUAAGAGUUCUUCCAGGUACGUGCGUACUCCAGAGGAUGUUAAGGCCAUUGUGAAGCAUGCGAAGUUGGACGAGCGGCAACUGACCCAGCUCACCCAGGCGCUGUAUUAUCCUUCGGCGGACGUUGCCUCGGAAAACCUGCGCCUCCUGGAGCUGGACGCACACAUGCUGGAGCAAAUCCGAGACGGCCACACCCUCCAUUUCAAAGGUGGCCUCAACGAGAAGGUAGUGCUCUGCACAGACGAGCGCACGUACGACGUCAAAGGAGCUGAGAUCUCCAACAGUCUUCUACUAGUGCCAGAUCUUAAGUUUGCUGCUGCCACCAGCACCUCACCGCUAAAGAGUCCGAGAACGGGUAACGCCAACGCCUCCCUGGAGAGGAGUUUGAAUGACAGCACUGAGGAUGAGCUGGAGGUACCUCGUACUCUGGAGCAGCGCCCCGUGCUGAAAGUGUUCCAUGAAUAUUUCGAGUGCCGCGAGAUUAAGCCCCGUUUCCGGAAGCUAGGUGAACUACUUCAGUUGACCCGCUAUUCCGGCCCAGAGAACGAGUACUGUAUCGAGAGGAAACUGCUCUUCAGCAUGUCGCAGCUGCUGGACACGGUGCAGUGCAGCCGGGCACAGUUCAUGGAAGGAUUGCGCGUUUAUCGCGCCAUGGAGUUGGAUGGUCAUAUCCGUGUUAUGGAAUACGAGUACGAGUACCGAACCAUUAACUUAAUGCUUGGACUUAUCAGUGAAAAUUCUUGGGCCUUGGACGAGGUCGAAAGGGAGGAAACUAUAACCUCCCUGAAUGGUAUCGCUCCAGAAGAAGUUGUAGCCGGGCUCUUUGACAUCUACACCGUGCCCAGCGAACGUUGUCCGGACAAGUUUCAAUACCAAGAGUCAUUGGUGGCCAGGAUUGUGGCCCAAAACAUUUUGCAGCCAGGAUUGCGGUUCCGCAAUGAGGAGUUCAUGCGAACUUGGCAAGAGGCUCUGCCCGAGGGCAUGGUCUGUGACCUGAAAUACCUCCGUGGCCUGGGAAUCUGCGACAAGGAGGGAGCUCAGCCCUGCAUCCGAUCGCUGGCCGAGGAGCAACUGCCCACCAAUAUCAACGACCGCAUGAAGUCGCUUUUCAAGGCGAAACAGAAAUGGACAUUAAGUGAAAUGGAGCCGUACAUAGAGUGCUUUACUACUCCCACUUUAUCCGUCUCCACAUUGCUGGCCAAACACGCCCGAUCGUUGACUGAAGGAGGUGUUCGUUACUAUGUUUCCAAACAUUGACGAUAAAAUCCACUCGUAGCUUUAUUUUCCUUACGAUGUACAUUAGAUCCAUUAAAAUAGUGUUAAGCUUGUCCUAGGCA